CUCCGCGUCACACCAAUCUGCUCUUAGGCUACUAUUCUCACGUAACUGAUUCCGAUAAGUGUAACUUUCAACAUGUCAGAUGCACCAGCAGCUCCAGCACCAGCAGCGGCCAAGGCUACCAAGGCAAAGAAGCCAAGGAAGCCGAAGGCACCAGCAGCUCACCCAAAAUACAGUGAGAUGAUCGUAAAGGCAAUCGAAGCACUCAAGGAACGUGGUGGUUCAUCCCGCCAGGCAACCCUGAAAUACAUCCUGGCACACUACAAAGUUGGCGAUGCUAAAGUUGCGAACGUUCAUCUUAAGAUGGCACUUAAGCGUAUGGAAGCCAGUGGUGCCCUGAAACACACGAAGGGCAAGGGAGCAUCGGGCAGUUUCCGUGUCGGAGAGAAAAAGAAGGCAGUCAAGCAAACCAAGAAACCGAAGGCAAAGAAAGCAAAUAAGCCCAAGGCGAAGAAACCAAAAGCCAAGAAACCAAAGGCAAAGAAAGAGAAGAAGGCAAAGAAACCUGCAGCAAAAAAACCAGCAGCGAAAAAGGCAAAGAAACCAGUGAAGAAAGCAGCUAAACCCAAAGCAGCAAAACCGAAAGCAAAGAAGGCCGCGCCAAAAAAGAAGGCAGCGAAAAAGACCGCAAAGAAGUAAAUUUUUAUUUAUUAUAAAGACUUCUGUGUUCAACAUCUUGAGACAGAGCUAUAUAUAUAUAUACUAUAUGCAUUUUGUAUAUAUUUUGUAGUAUUUUAAUAUAUACGAACUUGACAGUUCGCUGCGGACUACUACGAUCCCAACAUCACCGUCGUUGUUACAAACAAUGAACAUGAGACCUUGAAGCGAUGUCAGCCAAGGUCUGUAAAACAAUCGAUACUGUAUAUAUUUUUCAGUCGUUUAUUUCUUGAGAUAUUCCACUGGAGAAAGUGUGGACUAUUUUCGACCAUGUUUCAAGUAAUUUAUUUUUUUUGUUCAUAAUGAACUUGUACUUCUUCAACCCAGAAAACCAUGUAAAUGUAUUUCUUACAGUGUAAUUUCAUUAAACCAGACUCCUUUUAUAAUGAA